UGGACUCCUUCGAUUCUGUUACACAGAAUAACACCAUACUGCGGGAAACAGACUUCCACCUGGCUUCUCAACAAAAUGGUGCCCACGGCAUAUGUGCUUCUUUCUGAGCUCCCUGAAGCCGGUGCGCACACAGGUAGGACCUCACGCCUACUUUACUGCGUACAGCAGCGGAAGAAGGAAGCCGCCCCAAUCGGCGAUCACAUUCUGCUUAGGUCUGACCACCGCUAGUGGGCGUCAGCCUUCCACGGUAUGCUACAACAGUAUCACAGCACUGGCAGUCUCAGGAUCAACAGUAAAUGGUUAAUAAUAAUGCUUUGAUUGGAGCCAUAUCAGCCCCCCAUAUGCAGACUGGAGAUCAGCCUCUUGUCCCCCACUGUCGCUGGAGGGCGUUCGACAGAAGCUGCGAGAUGGCGGCCAGCUUGUUGUCAAUUCUACAAGAUUCCGUGGCGGUGAUUUGCUCCGCUGGCCUUGGCGGCCUCUUGGUAUCCGCCUUGGACCGGUCUUGGGUUACUUUGACCAGUUUGGCUCCGUCGCCUAGAACCAUCGCCUCGAUCCACCGACUGUCUGUCGCCUUGUUGAAGUUGUUGUCUGCUACGAUAUGGCAAAAUCUAACUUGGAAAUUCCUCGGGGCUCCACAAUGUGCGCCGGGGAUAUUGGCACAAAUGCUUGUGACACUGCUCCCGCCCUCUAGAUUGCGCCACAGGCGUAAGCCAACAAGAUCGACUCUGAUCAUCUUGUGAUACUGGGUGGUGAUAGCCGGACAAACGACCGCCAUGAAUCGUCGCGGUGGCUCGACUUUCACAGCGCUGGCCGCAAAAGCAAUGCACUAAUGUUGAAUAGUAACACAGUCAAAGAUGCCGAUCAGCCUUGCGUCUGACGGCCUCUUGACCAUUCCCUUAUGUGUCAUGUCAUGCGUGGGCGGAGUAGUAUCGUCGCUCACAGGGUCUUGAAGAGAGAGACACAGACCCUGGCCACCGCACAUGGCCUUAGCUGUACCGCUUCCCCCGGCUUUCCCUCCACUGGAGGAUUAGUAGAAACUGGCCCUCUUGUCACUUGCCCUUCUUUUUCCUCCUCCUCUUUCCUACAUUUCUUACCACGCACUGAUCGAACGGGUUGGUCGACGACCAUCAGGCAAUCACGAUGACCGCCGUUCACCACAGCCCCAGUCUUUCCGCAUCCGCAGACGAUCCGGAAAAACUCGAAUACACAUCGACUGGACCUCACACUGUGCCCGUCACUACCGGUCACAUCCAUGGCGUCGAGUAUCAAGAUGGUACGAGGCUGCAUCGAGGCCUCAAGGCCCGGCACAUCACCAUGAUAGCUAUCGGAGGUGCCAUCGGUACUGGAUUGAUCAUUGGGACUGGGCAGGCUCUGGCACGAGCAGGACCAGGGUCCAUCUUCAUCUCGUACACCGUCGUCGGGUUCCUCGUGUAUCUGGUGAUGUGCGCCUUGGGAGAAAUGGCCGCCUGGCUGCCUCUGUCUUCCGGGUUUACAGGUUAUGCGGUGCGAUUCUGCGACCCAGCGCUUGGAUUUGCCCUCGGAUGGACAUACUGGUUCAAAUACAUCAUCGUAACACCCAACCAACUAACAGCCGGCGCACUGAUCAUCCAAUACUGGGUCGACCGCGAAAAGGUGAACCCGGGAGUAUGGAUCGCCGUGUUCUGGGUAGCAAUCGUCUUCAUCAACUACUUCGGGAUUCGAUUCUUCGGCGAACUUGAAUUCUGGCUGUCCACACUCAAAGUAAUCGUCAUCGUCGGGAUCAUAAUACUAUCUCUCGUGCUCGCACUCGGCGGCGGACCAGACCACGACCGCAAAGGGUUCCGAUACUGGAGCGAACCGGGCGCAUUCGCCGAAUACAUCGACGAUGGGGCGACGGGCAAAUUUCUCGCAUUUUGGUCGACAAUGGUGACAGCGACAUUCGCCUAUCUGGGAACAGAACUCGUAGGCGUGACAGUCGGCGAAGCCCAGAACCCACGCAAAACAAUCCCACGCGCAAUCAAGCUGACCUUCUACCGAAUCCUGUUCUUCUACUGUCUCAGCGUGCUACUUUUGGGAAUGCUGGUCCCCUACAACUCCGAACAACUUGCCUUCGCAACCAAGGCGUCCAACUCGGCAUCCGCAUCCCCAUUUGUGGUCGCGAUCAAACUUGCAGGCAUUAAUGCUUUACCCGGAAUCAUCAACGGCUGUAUAUUGUUGUUCGUGUUUUCAGCCUCCAACUCCGACCUCUACAUCGCCAGCCGGACGAUUUACGGCCUUGCAUCCGAGGGAAAAGCGCCCAAACUGUUCCGCCGUACCGAUUCGCGCGGCGUGCCUGUGUACGCGCUCGCCAUCUCCGCCGCAUUCGCAUUGCUUGCAUUCAUGAAUGUCAGCGACGACUCAAAGACCGUGUUCGGAUACUUUGUCAACCUGGUCACGAUUUUCGGUCUGUUGACUUGGAUUUCCAUUCUCGUGGCACACAUCUAUUUUGUGCGCGCAAGGCGUGCGCAGAACGUGCCUGACUCAGCACUGGCGUUUACUGCCCCCUUGGGCGCCGCGGGAUCGUAUGGAGCGCUCGCGCUGUGCAUUUUGAUCGCGCUGACGAAGAACUUCCCUGUGUUUACGCACUCGAAAUCCUGGGGCGACUUUGAUUACAAGAACUUCAUCACCGGGUAUCUUGGGAUUCCGCUUUAUAUCAUUAUGAUCUUCGGGUACAAGUUCAUCAUGAAGACGAAGACGGUUUCGCCUGAGACGGCUGAUCUGUGGUCGGGGAAGGAUAUUAUUGAUCGUGAGGAGGAGGAGUUUGUGGCUGCACAGCGGGCAAAGGAGGCCGAGCGCACCAAGAACGGUGGCAAACCGAGGGGUUGGUUCUAUCGCACUUUUGUGUCAUGGUUGUUCUAGAGAAAGAGUUCGAAUGUCUGGCUCUUUUCUUUUUUUCUGCAUGCCUCCUCCACAAUACAGUAUGACAGUGCAUGCUUCAUGUGAUGCGUUUGUUUCACCUCAGCCAGAAGAACGAGGGUUAGUAAAAAUUGAUAUUAGCUAUGAAUGAUCAUCUUGAUGACUCGGACUGACUACAAA